UGUGCGCGUUUGCAUGAUGGACGGUUGUUUCACUUCGACCGAUUUAAAAGCGCUUCAAAAUUUAAUCUGCCCGCCGAAGAAUGAUUCCGACACAAACGUCGAUGACGAUUUGCCGCAAAUGGGCGCGAGAAAGUUAGGACCGGGUGAUAUUGAUGUUACGACUGAUUCUUCUGAAGAUCAUUCAGGACCGUACGCGCCGCUUCAAGGUGCGAAUGACGAUAUUUGGCAUCCUGCUGAAGCGACUGACAUUUCAAGUGUGCAGGAUUACGAUUCUCGAAAUGUGCCCGAAUACGAGAUGAAGUUUAAACAAUCAGUAACGGCGGAAGAUAUUUAUCUGGGAAUGGGAUUUAAAACGUCGAGCACGGCGUCCUGCGAGUGGCUGUCGGUCCUGGUAAAAUUGCCGGAGGAAACGCGGGAAAAAGUAGAACUCUCUGUAGAAUCCGAGGCGAUUGACGUGCGCAGUCCAAGAUAUCGGCUACACCUACCGACACCGCAUACGGUGGAUCCGAACGCUUCCUCCGCUAAGUGGCACAACGACACUUCCACCCUGGAAGUCACCCUGAGACUCAAACGCGAACUGGACUACGUCAACUUUUGAUGCCGAAUCAAUCCGUCGUCUCUCGCGAGAUUUUUCUGUUCGACGUCUGUUCGAUUUAUCGUUGUAAGUCGAAGCGAGUUAUUGUUGCUAACAUUAUUCUAUCGCAGAGAUGUUUUCCGGAUCGAGCGCUCGCAAGAACCGCUUUUACUCGAUCAAAUCUUUUAAUAACUGAUUCUGCUAAAAAUUUAAUCAAGAACACAUUUUAACAAAUGAUUCUUGCUUCGACCGAGCGUAAAUUACAGUUUUUUUUUUUUUUUUUUUUUUUCUACACACAAAUAUCCCUGGCAGGUAAUCUGUUCUUUCUCCCUUUUAUCAUGCGCAGCUAGAAAUAAUGAUUUUUCGAGACGUAAUCCCUCUUAUGUGAGCACGUUGCGUAAAGCGAAUGAGACGAGUUUAUCCGGUUCACACACACACACACACACGUACACACACACAUAUAGUGAAAGACACAUUUAUCAUAUUCCCCGUUAUAUCCUGAUAGAUUUUUUUUUGACUCCCGUCCUUUGCGCGUAAUCAACGACAAAAUCGUAUUUGCAUUUUGUGCAAUGCCUGCUGCGCACGUCCUUGAAUACGCCACGCUCGCGCGAUCGUUACGCGAUGCCUAUUUUCUUCGCACAUAACAAAUUGCGCCUGGAUAAUUGUAGAUCGUUCAUUUUACGUUGUAGCGAACGUCCAACGUUGAGCAAGAAACGACAGAUAAUAUUAACUAUGGAAUAUGGACAAUAGGCACGUAGAUAAUAGGAUUGGAUGGACCGGAACGCUUGUCCUGUGAGACAAUCGCUUAAGGACAAUAGUACUUGAACUGUGUGUGUGUGUGUGUGUGUGUGUGCGCGCGCGUGUAGAGAUAGCUAACCGGAGAAUCUAAUUCUUGAAUUGUAAUACUAGAAUUCGAGAGAUAAUGGGGAGAAAAUCCCUCUCUCUCUCAAUGUACGACAAAAAAUGUACUCGCAAUCCUUUGUAAUUUUUUUUUUUUUUCAAGAUAAACGGAUGUCGAUGAUAUAAUUGUGCGCUGUUGUUUUGUAAGUAUUAAGAGGAUUUAUUUACGUA